GAUUAAGCAGUACACAAGUCGACCGUUUUUGGAUCACGAGAACUUCACCUCAGCGAAAACAGAUUCUCAGGCAGCGUUCGUACGAAAUAAAAACCAUCGCACCUCUGGAGAGUCCCCGUAUACCAGAAACAUUAUGUGUAUGUUUGUGUGUUGAUGAUGGCAGUGGACUGGGCUGGAUAUGGAUACGCAGCACUAGUAGCAUCUGGAGGAGUCAUAGGAUAUGUCAAAGCAGGCAGUGUUCCGUCCCUAGCAGCUGGGCUGCUCUUUGGUGGUUUGGCUGGUUUUGGUGCUUACCAGACAUCACAAGAUCCCAAAAAUAUUUGGGUUUCUUUAGCUGCAUCUGGGACACUUGCUGCUAUCAUGGGAAAAAGAUUCUAUAACUCGCACAAAAUCAUUCCAGCUGGUCUUAUCGCUGGAGCGAGUGUCCUGAUGCUGGCAAAACUCGGAGCCAGAAUGCUACAGAAACCUCAGCAAUCGUAAUACCCAAACAGAAAUCAUGGUCUGCUUUCAUUCAAACAUAAUUUUCUUUGAACAACAUGUCAUUAUAGUUCAUUGUCAUAUUGUUGUCAGGUGAAUAUCUGAAUUAAAGACUUCUGUUGAAAACA